AUGAAGUACAGCAGUGGCAGCGAGCACAUGUCGGUGGCGACGUUUGGCGACAUCACGCGCGAUGGCGACAUCCUUGCACAGUGCCAGCACAACUUGGUCCUAACUUUCGCAGACAAGGUCCUGAAGCGAAUAUCCAUGACUGAGUUUACGGCACUCAUGGCGCAGUGCGACCACAUCAUCGGCGAGUGCAGCAUCAACGACCUGAACGUCGACAGCUCGAGCAUCGACCCUGCUACUGGAUGGGUACCUCAACUCCUGGCUGACUUGACUGCAAUGCGAUUAUUUGGCAAGGUGCUGUCCGUAGAUGCCAACGAGAAGAUGCCUCGGGACUUGAGGGUCGAUGCCCUCAAGGUGCACGCAGACAAGGAGAAGCUGAGCAACAGAGUUCGGUGCAUGAUCAGGGUAGGGGCUGGCGCUACCAACUGGGCUCGCGCAGCGUGGGAGAGAUCGCCAUUCCAGGAGAUCGCAGGUACAUCGGAGGGGUCUGAGCUCGACUCAGACGUCAAGAAGAGCAUCGUUGAGCUUCGCGACAGCAUCAAUGAUCUUCUCUGCGGGGAGAACGUAUCCUACAUCGAGAAGCUCUACGAGGUCCUGAUGGUGGGCGUCACGAGCGAAUCGCAUUCUCAACAUUUCGAUUGUUUCUCAACGCACAUGGAUAGCUUGGGCGACACCGAGGGCACCACGAGUACCGAGCUCAUUUCCCUGAAGGACGGUUUCUUGCAAGCGACUGGCAAGGGGCUCGAGGAGAUCUUGAAUUACUACGACAACUUCGCGGGCAACCUCGAGACCAUCUAUGGCAUCCGCUGUGGCGUGGGGGACACCAGCAAGAUGACAUCGGAUGCAGACUGCUUCAAGUUCCUCUCUGCCGCGGCGAAAACUAUCCUUACCUUCGAGAUCGGGGUUCUUGAGAGGGCGACGAUCCAGGAAGCGAGACGUCGGGCCGAUCUACUCGCCCGCGCGAGCGCCGUGAAGAUGCGAAUGCCUGGGAUGGCCCUGGAGAACGUGGUCUGCUUGUGGAGCGACCUCUGGGUGCAGGAGGGUGCCAUUACGUGUGCGCCGAGGCUAGCAGACAAGGCCAGCAGUUUGUCAUCCGCCUUCGAGACGUUCAACGAGCUCGUGGCUACCAGCCCCAUCAGCACUCCAAUCAUGAGUAUGAUCACCCAGUUGGCAUCGUCGGACGGCUGCUGCUCGGUGACGCCGAGGGUCCUGCAAACGGCUACCGAGCGGGCUGGUUGCUUGCCUCCAGGCGUUCAGCCCAUCGUCCAAGCCAUGCGGUCCUAUUUCAUGGUCAAGAGGGUCAUGGAGGCAAAGACGUCUGGCAAGGUCGUCGGCACCAUCCAGCUGACCAAUGCCUUGAAAUCCUACUCGCUGAUGGUGGAGCCGAUCUCUUCGAAAAGCGAGCUGGCGGAGUGGAAGGAGCUCUUGAUCACGGAGUGGUCGUGCACGUUCGAUCAGCUCGUCACGGAUCUUGCCGCGGGCCUCCUGGAGGCGUUCUUGCAGAAGUACGGCGAUGGCGGAGAGAACAUCUGGUCUCUGCUCACGGCUUGGAGUUUCGAUUCCGACGGUGAGGGUUCCAAGAAAGUGCGGCUGAGCUCGGCCCAGAAGGAUCCGACGAGGGAGGCCGAGAUCCAGGGCGUGGCUUCGUUCGUGCAGAACUUGCCCAAUGCCGAGCGCAUCGUCACCGAGCUCAAAGGUUCCUUCACGAGCCUCGCCUGGUUGCAGGCCGAUCAGGUCAAGAAGCUGGGCGAUCUCAUCGAGAGGAUGGGGUCAAUCAAGCAGACGGCCAAGGAUGGCGCCAUCCUCAUGGGCGCCAUCGUGCUGGCGAACUCGGCCCUCGCAGGUGUUGUUAAAGACGCCGCGCAGCGCUUCGUUUUCGAGCGCCUCGGAGUUCAGAAGAUUCUGAUGCCCAAGAAGCUGCUGGACGCGCUUGGCGCCGAGCCGUCUCCAGAGCAGACUUUCAAGGAGGAGCCCCCGCUGAAGAAGUGCAAGACCGAGGUGAAGUAA